AUGCGGUCCAGUCUUUUCACCUCGUGCGGCCUCCUUGCGCUCGCGUCCGCUGCCGUUGUGCAGCCGACGCCGGUGCGCAAGUCGUACGAUGGAUACAAGGUCUUCCGCCUGACCGUCGGCGACGAAGUUGGCAAGGUGAGCAGCAUCAUCGAGCGGCUCGGUCUCUCGACGUGGAAGGGGAAGCCCAAGGCUGGUGGCCACUCCGACAUUGUGGUGCCCCCUUCGCAGAUCCAGGCUUUUGAGACUGCGGUCAAGGGCAUGACGGUGGCCACCAUGCACGAGGACUUGGGCGCGUCCAUCGCCCAGGAAUCGACCUUCCACACGUAUGCUGCUGGAUCCGCCAACGCCACCUGGUUCGAGUCGUAUCACAGCUACGAGGACCACUUGCAGUACUUGAACGACCUGCAGGGCCAGUUCCCUGACCAGGCCGAGAUCGUUACUGCGGGCGAGUCACUGAACGGGAAUGCCAUCACUGGCAUUCACUUCUGGGGUAGCCAGGGCAAGGGCAAGCCGGCUGUUGUGUUCCACGGGACCGUCCACGCUCGGGAGUGGAUCUCUUCCAUGACUGUCGAGUACUUCGCUCACAGCCUGUUGAAUGGCGGGGAUGACGCGGAAAUCAAGGGUUUCCUCGACACCUACGACUUCUUUUUCUUCCCUGUCGUCAACCCUGACGGCUUCCUCUACACCCAGUCGGAUGACCGCAUGUGGCGCAAGAACCGUCAGACCAGCUCUGGCAGCAACUGCCUCGGUCACGACAUCAACCGUAACUGGCCCUACAAGUGGGAUGUCAGCGGUGGCGCGUCCACCAACCCGUGCGCUGAAGACUUCAAGGGCGAGAGCGAAGGCGAUGCCCCUGAGACCCAGGCGCUGUCCAAGUGGAUUCAGGGGAUCAAGGACGGCCAGGGCGUCAAGCUUUUCAUUGACUGGCACUCGUACUCGCAGCUGUUCAUGACUCCCUACGGCUUCUCCUGCACGGAGACCGCGCCCAACAAUGACGAGCUGCAGUCUCUGGCCGAAGGUGCCGUCGCGGCCAUCCAGGAGGUGAACGGCGUCGAGUUCACCCCUGGCCCCAUCUGCCAAACCAUCUACAAGGCCACCGGCAGCAGUGUGGACUAUGUCAACGACGUUACGGGCGCCGACUACGUCUUCACUGUUGAGCUUCGUGACACUGGCGCGUAUGGCUUCGUCCUGCCGGCUGAUCAGAUCGUCCCGAGCGGCGAGGAGGCUUUCGCUGGUGUGCGUUACCUAUUGAAGAACAUGAAGUAA